UACACUAAAUUCAUCAUGAUUGAAGACAAUAAAGAAAAUAAAGAUCAUUCCCUAGAGAGAGGAAGAGCAACUCUCAUUUUUUCCUUGAAGAAUGAAGUUGGUGGACUAAUAAAAGCACUAAAAAUCUUCCAGGAGAAACAUGUGAAUCUGUUACAUAUUGAGUCCCGAAAAUCAAAGAGAAGAAACUCAGAAUUUGAGAUUUUUAUUGACUGUGAUAUCAACAGAGAACAAUUGAAUGAUAUUUUUCAUCUGUUGAAGUCCUAUACUAAUGUUCUUUCUGUGAGCCCACCAGAUAUUUUUACUGUGAAAGAAGAUGGUAUGGAAACUGUUCCUUGGUUUCCAAAGAAGAUUUCUGACCUGGACCAUUGUGCCAACAGAGUUCUGAUGUAUGGAUCUGAACUGGAUGCGGACCAUCCUGGCUUCAAAGACAAUGUCUACCGUAAAAGACGAAAGUAUUUUGCAGACUUGGCUAUGAACUAUAAAUAUGGAGACCCCAUUCCCAAGGUUGAAUUCACGGAAGAGGAGAUUAAGACCUGGGGAACCGUGUUCCGAGAGCUCAACAAACUUUACCCAACCCAUGCCUGCAGAGAGUAUCUCAAAAACCUACCUCUGCUUUCUAAAUAUUGUGGAUACCGGGAAGAUAAUAUCCCACAACUGGAAGAUGUCUCAAACUUCUUAAAAGAGCGCACAGGUUUUUCCGUCCGUCCUGUGGCUGGUUACUUAUCACCGAGAGAUUUCUUAUCAGGUUUAGCCUUUCGAGUUUUUCACUGCACACAGUACGUGAGACACAGUUCAGACCCUCUCUAUACCCCAGAGCCAGAUACCUGCCAUGAACUCUUAGGUCAUGUCCCCCUUUUGGCUGAACCAAGUUUUGCUCAAUUCUCCCAAGAAAUUGGCCUGGCUUCCCUUGGAGCUUCAGAAGAGGCUGUUCAAAAACUGGCAACGUGCUACUUUUUCACUGUGGAGUUUGGUCUCUGUAAACAAGAUGGGCAGUUGCGAGUCUUUGGUGCUGGGUUACUCUCUUCCAUCAGCGAACUUAAACAUUCACUUUCUGGACAUGCCAAAGUAAAGCCCUUUGAUCCCAAGAUUACCUGCAAACAGGAGUGUCUCAUCACAACUUUUCAGGAUGUCUACUUUGUAUCUGAAAGCUUUGAAGAUGCAAAAGAGAAGAUGAGAGAAUUUACCAAAACAAUUAAGCGCCCAUUUGGAGUGAAGUAUAAUCCAUAUACACGGAGUAUCCAGAUCCUGAAAGACACCAAGAGCAUAACCAGUGCCAUGAACGAACUGCAGCAUGAUCUCGAUGUUGUCAGCGAUGCCCUUGCGAAGGUUAGCAAGCAGCUGAGCAUCUAA